ACCUCCCCGCUGCCCGCCGGGCUGGGCCGGGAGCAGAAUCUUCUCCUCUCUCCCCAGAGCAAGGGAAGAUGACAUCUCGGCUCCUCUGAACCAGCAGUGCCCAGGGACUAGCAGAGCCAUGGAGCUGGAAUACGAGCUGCCCAAUGCCACCGCGUUCUGGUUCUCCCCGGCUUCCCCCUUCGACAACUUCUCUGUGGAGGCGCCCACCAACGCGUCGCAGAACGCCACGGGCCAACACUUCGACCUGACCAGCAACGCCAUCCUCACCUUCAUCUACUUCGUGGUCUGCAUCGUAGGGCUGUGCGGCAACACGCUGGUGAUAUACGUCAUCCUUCGUUAUGCCAAGAUGAAGACCAUCACCAACAUCUACAUCCUCAACCUGGCCAUCGCAGACGAGCUGUUCAUGCUCGGUCUGCCCUUCCUGGCCAUGCAGGUCGCCCUGGUUCACUGGCCCUUCGGCAAAGCCAUCUGCAGGAUUGUCAUGACGGUGGAUGGGAUCAACCAGUUCACCAGUAUCUUCUGCUUGACGGUUAUGAGCGUUGACCGGUACCUGGCUGUCGUCCAUCCCAUUAAAUCUGCCAAGUGGAGGCGGCCCAGGACAGCCAAAAUGAUCAAUGUGGCCGUUUGGGGCGUCUCCCUGUUGGUGAUCAUGCCCAUCAUGAUUUAUGCUGGGGUGCAGCAUAAUCACGGCAGGAGUAGCUGCACCAUCAUCUGGCCGGGAGAGUCGGGUGCCUGGUACACAGGCUUCAUCAUCUACGCCUUCAUCCUGGGCUUCCUGGUGCCUCUCACCAUUAUCUGCCUUUGCUACUUGUUCAUCAUUAUCAAAGUCAAGUCCUCGGGCAUCAGGGUGGGUUCCUCCAAGAGGAAAAAAUCCGAGAAGAAAGUCACCAGGAUGGUCUCCAUCGUGGUCGCCGUCUUCAUCUUCUGCUGGCUCCCCUUCUACAUCUUUAACGUCUCCUCAGUCUCCGUCCUGAUCGUGCCCACGCCUGUCCUCAAGGGCAUGUUCGACUUUGUGGUGGUCCUCAGUUAUGCCAACAGCUGUGCCAACCCCAUCCUUUAUGCCUUCUUGUCCGACAACUUCAAGAAGAGCUUUCAGAACGUCCUCUGCCUGGUGAAGGUCAGCGGCAUGGACGAGGCGGACCGGAGCGACAGCAAGCAGGACAAAUCCAGGCUCAACGAGACCACAGAAACCCAAAGGACCCUGCUCAAUGGUGACCUGCAGACGAGCAUCUGAGAGGACGGCGGGGUUGUCCUUCCUUCGCUCUCCUCUCCUCGUGAGCUCCCAACUGCAGCAGGGUGGUGGCACGUAUGGAGUCGGGGCAGAAGUGCCAGCUUAGGGGACAGCGGUGCGCACACCGAUGGGUGGGGGGGGUCCUCAGCUGGUCCCCUCCUGAGCUGCUGGUGGGUUGGCUUUCAAGCACUGGGAAGGAUAUGGUUCAAGAGGAGCUGCCUCGCUAGGAAAACAAAACCAACUUGUAGCAACGCAGCACGUUUCAACACCAAAGUGCCACCCUGGGCCACAGGUAUCGCCGGGGUGGCUCCGCUGGCUUCCCCGGUGUUACUCUCGGGGCUGGUUGGCUUUGGGUGCCCUGCCCCAGCACGGGUGCUUGCACGUGGACACACAGACGCAGCGGGGUGACCUCGGGAGGAGCCGAGGCCACGGCUGCGUGCCACCACGGAGAUGCACCUUCUGAUAGCAAAGACCUGGUGGGAGCUCUCCGGAGAGUCCGAGCGCUCUCCCGCGGUCACCCUCCCCGAGGACACAGAGAUAUUUGGGGUUGCAUUUUGCCCGGCUUAGAAGUUACUCCAUCGCCUCUCCUGAAGCCUCCCUGCUGCUGUUUGACUGCAUCGCCCAGAGGUGACACGCCAGGACCAGGAUGGAGGUGGCUGCCCCAUGGGACACAGCUCUGCCGCCCUGGUAGCCCCUCUGGUCUCACCCUGCCUCCUCCGGCCCCGCCAUCUCCCGCUGCAGGAGAGCCCCUUCCCUCCCGCCGCUGUGACGUCACCUGCCCGCAGGUUUUCUCCUCGGAUGGGGGAUUUCCCCCUUUUCCCUCCCGAGUAGCCCCUCCUGCCACCCGCAUCUGCUCUGCGAGCCGGCUGAGCAGCCACGGCACGAUCGCCCGGCACCGGUCCCUGGUGGGAAAUCCUUGGAAGCGUUUAAGCAGCAGCGACGCACCGGGGGUUUGGAGCACCCUGGCACGGGCUGCGGCACAUCCCGUUGCCAACGGCUCCCGCAGCUGGGUGAGAUCUGGGCUCAUCCUGCCCCGGCCACGGCUCCGAGGAUCCCUGGCCCGCGGUGAGCAAGCGUCAACCGGCCACCGGUGACACUGCCCUGCUCCUUCCAGGCAAGUUGUGCCGGAGAGGAUGGGGGACGGGAGGUGGGGGGUGCUGGGGGCUUGGCCCCGACCCUCGUCUGAGCCGAAGGGACCGGGCAGAGCAGACGACAGGGCUCCCAGCACCAAGGCAGGAGGAAAAACAGGGCAGUGGGAUCACGAGGGAAAGCCCGGGGUGGGGGGAGAAAUGCCACCUUCCUGCCAGAGCACCCAGAGCAGUUUCUGUGCCAGAUGCCACGCUCCCUUCACAGGCUCUUCCCCGGAGCCGAGCCGUGGGAACGCAGCGGUUUAGGUGGAGAAAACAGCCGAGUCUUGCUCACCCUCCCCUUUCCCAUCCCACCUUGGCCUCCCCAUACCAGCCCCAUCGCCGCGGAGCCUUCACCUCGCGCUGUAAGCGAUGCGGGAGGUGAGGAUGAGCAAUGCCCUCGAGGUGCUGCCCGCUUUGGGGUGCCACCUUGCUCAGCCGCAUACCCCCAGUCGAUGCUCCGAGACAGCACCAGCUCUGGGAGAAAUUUUCCCCUGGCUCUGCCCGGCCCCUGCAGCCAGUCUCUGACCAUCCUGCUGUUCCACCCCAGCAUCCCCCCCCGCCCCCAAGCCCCCCCAAAAGUGCUCAGUGCCAAGCUCAAAGCCUGCUCCCCCCCACAGCUCUGUCAGACACCGGCUCCAGCACGGGCAGCACCGGCACUGGGGACCUUGCUGCAGGGCAAAACAGAGCGUUGUCAGCAUUUAUUUGCUUUUAACUCUUUACUGCUCCUCUGAGGAACGUUUGCCUGCUCGUGGGCUCAGCGCUGAGCGCGGGGGGGGACCCGCCUGUGGCCUCGCUGCCUGUGCAGGCAGCUGCUCACCGAGCGUAUCCCUGCACCGGCUUCGUUAAGUGGAGUAAAGCCAAACCCAGGCUCCGAGACAGCGCAGGCUGCCCUGCUGAUGCUGCAGGAAUUAAAACACGAGCAGCGUGUCACGCUACGGUGAAAUAUUGGAUGGUGAUGGCCGGGCCUUGUGCAGCCGGAGCUCUCUGGUAGGAUGAGGAUUCAGAGUCACAGCUGCAGCGAUGCGUCAGCGGGGCUUUGGGUCGUUUGUAUUUGGUGGGCGGUGAAGGAGUUAUUUGUGUGGAAAGCAGGGGAGGCAGUGGGGAGGGGGGUGCAUUGAGCCCCCCUGCCCUUCAUGGGAGGUGAUGUUUCCACCCCCCAGCACUCCCAGACCUGCCGGCAAUCCGGCUUCGCCCCGGGCUUGUCCGUGCAAGCCCCCCCACCAACACACCAACCGGUGGCGGGGGGAGAUGCCUGUUCCUGGGAGCAUCUCCUCUCUGUGCGGGUUUAAUGUUGAAAAUGCAGAAAGCCCAGCUUUCUAGAGCCCUGGGAAGGACCCGUGCCCACGUCAGCUUUGUCCUGGCAAAACCCCCCAGGCAGUGCCACUUCUGGCAGCUCAGAGAUGUGCGAGGGGGCCGCGAUCCAAAAUAUCCCGUUUCCCCCCAGCUUUGCACCCAGGGGCUCUCUUGGGGUGGGGAGAACAAGGCUGCAGGUGAGGAGUGAGAGGAGUAGCGGGGCUGCCACCGGCGUCCCAAAGGCCACCAAGGUGGGAUGUUGCGGGGCAGGAGCAGGAGGCAGCUCCCGGGGGCUGCCAGGGCACCCACGGCCACCCUGGCGCGGCUCGCCCCGGGGGAAAGGGCAGGAGAGCGAAACAGGCUGCCUCGGUGCUCGCAGUAAAACCAGCAAAAUAAAACCUUCUAAUUGUCUGUUGCUGCCUAAGAAACAGCAGCACCAUUGCUGCUGCGAGUAACAAACUUUUCUUUCCCAGCCACUUGAUUUUAGUGGGAACUUGACCUCAUAUUGGAUCUGUUUGGAAAAGCCUCUCAGGGCUGCUGGCGGCAUUAAUGAGAAAUCUCUCCCAGUUAUUGCGGAGCGAACAGGCUGAUCCUGCAAGUGCUGGAGUGGCUCCGCCGCUACUUCCCAUGCGGACUGUCCCCGGGCAAGCGGAGAUUCAUUACAGCUCCCUCCUGCCCGGCUGGAGCAGCGGGAACAGAUUUAUUACAAAUCGGAGGCGCCGGGAAGCAGAGACCUGGGUGUCCCGUGGAGCUGCCCGGCACGCCGGGAGCAGGGCUGGCGGCUUUGCUGCGUCCACGGCGGCACUGACCUGCCUGGGGCUGGCACCCGGGGUGUUGGCAGCGGGUGGCUCUUGCAGGAAACACUCUCAGUCCCAGCACCCACGUGCCCCCCCAAAAAAGCCUGUGAGAAACCAACUCCCUUUCCCCUCCCCGCCACCGGCUUCCCCCCUUGCAGACGAGGAACCCCAGCAAAGCCGAGGGGCAGCUCUCCCGAGCCUCCGUUGGGAUUAUCCUUGCUGUCCCCACUUCCUCGCCCCUCGGGGCAGGGGGGGGGUCGGGGGCACAAAGCCUGGUGCUGUGGCUGGGCUGAGCAUUGCUCCGGGCUUGCUUCUGACCGUGCCCGCCUUGGACCUGGCACAGUGAUGGCCAGUGCCCCCCCCGCCCCGGGUGCUUGGUAGCCAAGCUCUGCUCUGACAGGUUGGGUUUGGCCCUGGAGCCUUCCUCUCACAUCUCUACAGCCCCUCAUAUCAGCACCAAAGCUGCCUUGGACUGCUUUAAAAUAAUAAUCUCCUAAUGAACCAGGCUGUCCUGUCUCUGGAGGGCUUCCUGGCUCUCCAUCCCGACGGGAAGAGCCUUGUCUUUGCUGGAGACUCCGCGGAGAGGUCUCUUCCCCCCCAGACCUGCACGAAUGCAGGCAGCCUCCCAGGCCAUCAUGCAGCCCCCAACCAGCUCCAUCCCCUGCGGCGAGAGCUCCCAGGCUCCGGAUCCGUAGUGCUGCUUUAGAGCAGGGCUCAACCCUCACAUCUCUGGGGGUUGUUUCAGCCCUUGCUGUGAACAAGCUGGUUUCGACCCACUCAGGGAGGGUUGCUCCAGCCCCAUGCCCUGCCCAGAGCUGCUCAAAGCGGGGAAAAUCGCCGCCAAGACACGAGCAAAGGGCACGGCAGACCCCAAACCAGCCAUCCCGCCACCAGCUCCGAAGUGAGAGCUGCCGUUUUCCAGCCCAAGGACAACCUCUGCCCUUCCCCGCCAGCCUCCGUCCCCCCCCCAGCCUCGCACCCGUGUCUCCCGCCAGCUUUCUACCCGCUCCCCGCUUGCUCCAGGACCUGGGCUGCCAAAAGUCGGGGCGGGAGGACGGCCAGGCUGCAGCGGCGACUCGUGGGAACCUGCUUCAAGCCACGUCCUGACCAGGAGACGAGGGACACAAAGCCUGGGCACCCCAGACAUCCCACCCCAUGCUGCGUGGCCAGGAGGAGGGAAGGGGCGGGUGAUUGUACAUAUAUGUAUAUACUGGACGUGCCAGCAAAAGGUUUUAUUAUACUGACACCGUCGGGACACUCUGCAGCCCGUUUGGCCGUGGCUGCUGGAGCAGCCCCUCCCCGUGCGCGCAGGAGCCGAUCGGACCCAACCCCUCGGGGUGGGGUCCCUCCGUUCCCACUCGCCCCCAGACCCCGCGUGCCGUGGGGCUGGUGGCACCGCGCACGAGCCACGGAGGAGGCUGCUCCCACAUCGACAGGUGACUUCCACAGGGCGAGGGGAAGGAGAGCUGUCGCCUCUGCUAAACGCAAGAGCCUUUCCCUGCCUAGCCAGGGCUGUAGCAAUCGGGGGGUCGUGUGUGUGUGUGUCCCCACCCAGCAGCACUGCACCACACUGCCCACCUCCUGUACGUAUGUACACCCCUCUAUAUCUAUAGCUGUGCUCUGUAUAGUGUGCGUGGGUCUGCUGUAUGACACAUUGUGACUGAAAACACGCCGGGGAGCGUUUCCCCGCUUUAAGUCUUGCUUUCCUGCAUAGCAAUUGUUUCUCGGUGUGGAUCUGAGCCUUCCCGCAGCGGAGGCUCCCGGCCGCCACGGUCUGUGCCGCGGGGAGGGAGUCGUGGAUGGGGUGGGAGGGAAGUAAAAAGAGUUUUCCUACA